AUGCGGCACGCUUAUCUCUGUGUGGUUUAUGAAAUCAGAUCUGAAGCUUCAACAUUUGACGAUUUUCUUAAUUUGUUGGUCGAAAGAGGCAACCAGCCCUGCUACGCUGUUUUGGAUUACUGUUGCGACUCAAUUAUCGGAAGUACUCUGUGCUUUGUCCACUGGUGUGUUAUAUUAUUUAUUUUUAUUAUCUGCAGGGUUCCUGAUGAUGCCACGGUAAAGUCAAAGUUGAUCUACGCGGGUUCCAAAGAUGCUAUUCGCAAGCUAUGUGAGGGCAUCAAAUUCGAGGUUCAAGCCAGUGAAUUAUCCGACAUUACUUCAGACGAUAUGACAAAACGAGCCAGAUCUGCUUACAAAUCUUCUUAA